AUGGGCCAGGACUGGUGCUUCCGACGCAAGAGGAAACGCAGCAGCAGUCAGGAGGACCACCCGCAUCACACCCGAUUUGGAAUCACUAGAAAUGAAGGAAGCACUGUAGAUGGCAUAAGUACUACUUCUCCUCGUCGGCCUGGUGACUUGCGUCGUUUUGAACACAAGAGUUGCGUACCGGCGUACGCAUGCGGCUCGCCCCAUUCGACCCCCGGCAAAAUGGCGCUGGCAACAUGGCCGCCGGGCAGCCGCAGGAUGCUCUGUGACGGAGCUCCUGUCCGAAACGACGUCGACACGAUUUACCGGCGCGCUGCACACCUUGACACGCACGUCCGCUCAGACGUUGUCGUCGUGAUCGAUUCGACGCUUGCAGCGACACGGCACGGUUGCCGACGAGAAACGCGCGUGCAACAAGUGAUAUCUUGUCAAAAACUGGACAAAUAA